AUGUCAAAUCAGUCAUCAUUGAAGAGGGCUGCUGCAUCAACUACAUCUACAUCUACCGUUCAAAAAGCUCAGAAAGAACCAGUGCAAACGACCACCGAGGAUCAAGGGAAUGAGGAGAGAUAUGCUGAAAGAAGACCAAGCUCUUCUUGGUCAGUGUGGAAUGCCAAGAGGGAAACAGAAGUGGGUUCUGCGGAUCAAACGCAAAGAUCUUGGUGGCGGAAACCGUCUUUUGCUUCAAUGGGUUUAGGAAGUAAAGAGCAGAAUGGAAACGAGAGUGUACAAUCAGAUGAUCAGAAGUCAUCUACUAUCAAUCGGACAACUUCGCCUUCGUCGAAAGACAACAAUGAUGCCACAGACCAGGCAUCGAACUCGAAAACUCCUUGGCUCUUUUGGAACAAGAAGGAUGAAGCAAAGGAAGUGUUACGGAAUAAGAACUCCAUAUUGACUUCAAAUGCUCUAUUACCAGGAGAAUCAUAUGAUGCCAUAUUAUUCAAAGCAAAAUCCGAAGAGCAGACCUCUAAGGAGACGAAUACGUUAAACUCAAAUGAAGCUCAUGGUCACAAUCUGAACCUCUUGGUUCCUGGUUUCCAAUCUUUGCCUAAAUCUUCGAUUAUUACGUCAAUAUAUGCCCAAAUUACGAAACUCGGAAUAUUAUGGGAUACCAACAAAUCCAAAGACUCUACACCAAAUUCGUUGUAUAGAAGAAACCCACAAAUAUCCUUGAAUAAGCUUUCAGAAGGGAAAACCAAACCUGUGAAGGUCUUAAUAGUGGGAGUGCAUGGUUUCUUUCCAACAAAGAUGAUAAGACCACUUAUCGGAGAACCAACUGGUACGUCUACAAAAUUUAUCUCAGAGGCGGAAACGGCUGUUUUGAGGUGGUUUCACAAGCAUGAUACACAUGUAGAGAUAAGCAAAAUUGCAUUAGAGAAAGAAGGAAAGGUUUUGGACAGAGUUGCUUUCUUCUUUGAUGUGUUAAAGAAAUGGAUCAAUGAGAUCAACAAAGCGGAUUUCGUUUAUUUUGUUGCACACUCUCAAGGAUGUCCUGUGACAAUAAUUUUGCUUGCAAAGUUGAUAGAAGCUGGCAUUAUUGAUAUUGAUAAUAUAAUCACAUCUGAGGAUCCGCCGAUUUCAAUAAAAUCAGAUGAUAAGAAAAAAAUCAUAAGCAUUCUUGCAAUGGCCGGUAUCAACAAUGGACCAUUUUACGGUGCUGACCAAACUUUUUUUGUUAAAGCGUACUCUGCUAUUGAGAGCGAUUCUUUGAAAGAACUUUUUGAGUUCCAAAACUUUUAUUCAGUUCUAUCACAAAAGUUCAUCCAGAGUCUUAGAAUUUGCAUAGCUAGUAACGUUAAAAUCGCAUUUGUAGGAUCCAUUAACGAUCAGCUGGUACCACUUUAUUCUUCAACCUGCCAGUUUGCUCAUCAUCCAAACAUAUUUAAGGCAACUUUUGUUGAUAAAGAUUCCAGAACUCCGGCGUUCAUUACCAGAAUUGUUAGCAUUGCAAACCACUUAAUAAAUCUUGGUUACGACGAUCACGGCAUUAUUAAAGAAAUAAGUGGGUCAUUGGCUGGUACUUUGACAGGUGGUGGGCACUCAAAGAUUUAUAACGAAGGUCAGGUAUAUGACUUGGGUAUCCAGUUUGCACUAGAAACAACUGAUUUACCCUUCGAAUUACCAGUAGUUUACAAAAGUUACGAAGUGGAUCAAUUAGGCUCCAAUCCAUAUCACUUACCGUGGUGCAUGCGUGGUUUACUAUAUGAAACUGGUAUUCAUUUAGGCAGAGAAGAAAUAGACGCGUUAUUUACCGAGUUUGAACAAUGGGAACCAGAGACCAAGCAAUUGAAGAAUGUAAAGUACAGAUUGAACGGAUUGAAAUCAAAACUUUGA